AUGGAGGAAGUGAAGGGACAGAGAGGAAGUGGAAGCACAGAGGCAGACUUUGUGUUGCAAUGGGGAGAGAGGAAAAGAGUUCGAUGCAUGAAAGUGAAGAAAGACAAAAGCCUUAUGAAUGGCAAGUCCACUGAUUGUUUGUCUAAGCGUAAACUCCUUUCUCGUGCUGCCUCUUCUGAGAGAGGCUCUCCUUCUCGACAUCUUAACCGUCCAAACAAGAUGAUAGGUUCUCCAGUGAACGUGAGGAGAUCGUUUGUGGCAUCGCCUGAGAAGGAAGAUAGAUACUACACAACGAGGGGUUCGAUGGGAAUAGAUGAGAGUGGGAAAGUGAUGAAGGAGCUGCCUGUGAAGGAAAGCAAGAAGCAAGUGUGGCCAAAGUUGUUUAUAACUCUGUCAAAUAAAGAGAAGGAAGAAGAUUUCUUGGCUAUGAAAGGUUGCAAGCUUCCUCAACGACCCAAGAAGAGAGCCAAAUUGGUUCAGAAGACUUUGCUUCUGGUGAGUCCAGGUGCUUGGUUAUCAGAUCUUUGCAAAGAGAGGUAUGAAGUAAGAGAGAAGAAGACUUCAAAGAAGCGACCAAGAGGACUGAAGGCAAUGGGGAGCAUGGAGAGCGAUUCAGAGUGA